AUUUAUCUACAAAUUCAUCAAUUCUCCCAUCCUCCGAAAAUUCAUUAGAUUCUACACCUUUCGAAAACUCUUCAGUUUUAAUAACCGAAUAUCCAUUUGACACUAGUCUUUCCUUUGAAAAUAUACUAAGUUCUAUCGAAAAUAAUAGUAAUUUGGAAGAAGGAAUUAUUAGUAGUACUCAUAUUAUAAAAAAAAAAAAUAAUAAACGAAAACCUGUCCCUAUUCAUGAUUACCUUGAUAUACUUGAAGAUGGUUCUCACAAUUGCAAACUUUGUAAUAAUAAAUGGGGAACAAACACAUCACUAUCAACAAUAACUUGCCAUUUUGAAAAUAAACAUCUACAUACUUUUCAAAAUCUUAAACGAAACACAAAAGUUACAUAUCUUUCUUUAUAUUCAACGGUUGAAAGAAUUGAAAGAAAUUGUAUAGAAUCCUUGAACAAGGAUUUAUGGGAAUGGAUUGUCCUUAGUCAACAACCUUUUUCUGUAGUUGAAGAAGCUCCUUUAAUCAAGUUAUUUAAUAAUUUUGAUUCGUGUUACAAAACCCCUUGCCGUCAAACAAUUUCUACAACUGUCAAAAAGCAAUUUGAUUUAGCUAGAAAUAAA